UCAACAGGUAGAACAGGAAGUAUGUUGGCUUGAAAGAGUUGCAAAAUGCGACCUGCUGUUACAAUCAUCUGUUUUUUAGUUACCAUCAUCCUUCAGACAGGUCAGUCGGCUGGGAUAGAAACAAAGGAGACUGUUUGGGCAGCAGUAGGAGACCAAGCUUCUCUAAGCUGUCGGCUCACUGAGGAUAAAAACAUCCUUGAGAUCAGCUGGCUGAAGGUUCUUUCUGAUGGAGAGAAGACACUCGCCACCUACAUCAAGGACUUUGGUUCCAGAGUGAGACCUGAUCUGGAGGAGAAGAUGGAUUUUCAGUAUGAAUCUCUGCAUAGCUGCUCCAUGGUGAUCAGGAAGGUGAUGGAGGAGGAUGAAGGCUGCUACCGAUGUUUGUUUAACACCUAUCCUAAAGGAGCGCUGAUAGGCUGGACCUGCAUAAAACUCUGUGAGCUGCAUGGACCCUUCAUUACUAUCAGCAGAUCAAACUUUCCUCCAGGGUCGGUUGUGACCUGUUCAGCCACAGGUCGACCU